CAGUUUUAGAGUGGCUCUAGUCUAGUAGCAAUUCCUACUGAAGCUUUAGUCAGGCCAAAGUGGAUCUAAAGGUAGAAGGAUAAUAGGCAUGCAAUACAAAUGGUUUCCAAUAUUUUAGGUUUGUUGUUAUAGGCACUUUUGCAUGCAUCUGUUGGCUGCCGCAAGAAGUUGGUUGUAGAGUGGGUUGAAGCAGGUCAUCUUGAAGAUAUUACGGCUAAAGAGGAUCCUGAUGUUUAUAAAGCAGCAUGGAAUCGUUUGAAGGGUGCUGAUGGUAUCUUAGUUCCUGGAGGUUUUGGUGAUAGGGGAGUGCAAGGGAAGAUUCUCGCUGCGAAGUAUGCUCGUGAAAGAAAAGUUCCUUUCUUGGGCAUCUGCCUUGGGAUGCAGAUAGCUGUCAUUGAGUAUGCACGUUCGGUUCUAGGUUUGCAUAAUGCAAACAGUACAGAAUUUGAUCCUGAAACAUCAAAUCCUUGUGUCAUAUUUAUGCCAGAGGGCUCAAAAACUCAUAUGGGAGGGACCAUGCGUCUGGGAUCAAGGAGGACUUACUUCAAGGUUCCUGACUGCAAAUCUGUGAAGUUGUAUGGCAAUGCAAACUUUGUUGAGGAGCGGCAUCGGCAUAGAUAUGAGGUCAAUCCUGAUAUGAUAUCUGAAUUUGAAGCAGCAGGUCUGUCAUUUGUUGGCAGAGAUGAAAGUGGUAGGAGGAUGGAGAUUGUUGAACUACCAAGCCAUCCAUACUUUAUUGGUGUUCAGUUUCAUCCUGAAUUCAAAUCCAGGCCAGGAAAACCUUCUGCAGUUUUCUUAGGUCUCAUUGCAGCAUCAUGCGGGCAGUUGGAUUCACUUCUACACAAUUCUGGUCAGUUUAGCAAACCAAUGGCAAACGGGAUAAGUAAUGGAAAAGCAACUAUUAAGGCCCAGCAAAAUGGGAACUAUUUCAAGUCUUCAAAUGGUUCAUUAAAUGGUGUGUACAGCAAUGGCAACGGUGUGCACCAUUAACGAAGCUAUGUGAUAGAACUCUUCUGAUUAUGGGCUUAUGUUCCUCGAAGAGCUUUUGAUGGAAAACACUUUAUGUUAUGGGUUUAAGUUUCUCCAAGAGCUUUUGAUAGAUCUCGAUUCUGUUUGUACAGUGGUUGUGUAAGGGUAGGAUUUUAGCACUCCGAGGUCCUUUUCAGGAAGAAGUUGCUUGUUGAGUGUUUAAAUGAUUCUGAUAGUUUAUCCAGGACAUUAGGGAAUAUGGGCAAGAGGUGUAGAAGGUAGCAACCGUCAAAGUUGAACUAAGCACCCGCUUUUUACUCUUAGGUUUUUGGCUAUAUAUUCUAUUGUGAGAAGAGGAUGUCCUGUGAACAAUUGCAGACCUAGCAGUCCGCUGCCACUAUACAAAGCCAUCAUGUUUGCACUGAAAAGACUUACAUGAUGCAUUGAUUAAAGAACCUCAAACUUUUGCUUGUCGA